GCAUCUGUCUUGUCAGCAUACGCCAAGCUGUGACACAAGAAAAAGUAGUUCCACUUUCUACUGUAUUAUUUUUAGCUACGCAUUUUAUUUCUCCUAGUUAUAUUUCAUUUAUAUUUUAUUGCACCUAUUUUUUGAGUAAUCCGAGUUGUAUCAUGUAGUAUUUCAAACAAAGCAGCUCAUGAAAUAGAGGGACGUUGACAUUAACCGUCUGCCGCCCUGCCGCCUGUCGAUCUCCCGAUUGCAAGAUUGUAUCCGUUUGUCGUUUGUUUAUGGUAUGUGUAUGUGGCCCAUCCCAGUUCGCUGUGAAUGUGUAUGCCGAUUCCAUAAAAAUCCAUAUAAAAAUUGAUGGAGUACAUCUGCUGCCAAUAAGGGUGAUAGGCGAGGAUGCCUGAAGAUAAGAAGAUGGCAAUCGACGGAGAUCACAACAAUUCUAAGCCCGCCGCCAACAAGGGGACUGGUGGCGGCACAGCUCUGGCUCAAGUUACGAUGCUGGAUGGCUCCGUAUUGGACAUCUCUAUUGACAGAAAAGCUAAGGGCAGAGAACUGCUAGAUAAGGUAUGCGAAGCUAUAAAUUUGAUCGAGAAAGAUUACUUUGGAUUAACCUAUCCCGACAGGCAUGAUCCAAGAAAUUGGCUGGACUUAGAAAAACGAAUUUCAAAGUUUAUGAAAGCUGAGCCAUGGAAGCUGAACUUUGAGGUGAAAUUUUAUCCGCCCGAUCCAGCACAACUUCAAGAGGACAUCACCCGCUACCAUCUUUGCCUCCAGAUCCGCAACGACAUUCUGAGCAACCGUUUGCCCUGCUCUUUUGUCACCCAUGCCCUUCUGGGAUCAUAUUUGGUGCAGUCCGAAUUGGGCGAUUACGAUCCUGACACGAUGGGCAAAAAUUAUCUGAGAGAUUUCAAGUUUGCACCCAACCAAACGCCUGAUCUCGAAGAGAAGGUUAUGGAGCUGCAUAGAACGCACAAGGGUCAAAAUCCUGCUGAAGCUGAGCUACACUACUUAGAAAAUGCGAAAAAAUUGGCCAUGUAUGGUGUAGACUUGCAUCCUGCCAAGGAUUCAGAGGGCGUAGAUAUUAUGCUAGGUGUUUGCGCAUCUGGACUGCUUGUCUAUAGGGAUAGACUUAGAAUAAACCGUUUUGCCUGGCCAAAGAUUCUGAAAAUCAGUUACAAGCGUCAUAAUUUCUACAUCAAGAUACGUCCAGGCGAAUUUGAACAGUUUGAAUCCACCAUUGGUUUUAAAUUAGCCAAUCAUCGAGCAGCAAAGAAGCUAUGGAAAACUUGUGUCGAACAUCACACUUUCUUUAGGUUAAUGUCCCCAGAAACGAACCAGAAAGCUUCAUUGUUCCCGAAAUUAGGCUCCAAAUUCCGAUACUCGGGUAGAACCCACUACGAAACAAAGAAAACGACAAUCGAAAGGCCAGCACCGCAAUUCGAAAGGUCUUUAACCGGAAAAAGAUUGACUUCAAGGAGCAUGGAUCCUUUGGGAGGUGUAAGAGCAGAAGAAAACUAUAAUGAGGCUAACAAGAGACAUACAAUGCCCCAUCCCCCUGAUCAUAUUCCGGAUAUUGAUAAUACAAGUCCUGCCAAAACCAAGUCCCCAAAGGAAAAAAAAGAAAAGGAGAAGCUUGCAUGGAAGCGAAGUUCAGGAUCAGUUAUGUCAGGAAGUUCGGCCAGUUCAGUAGAAGGAGAAUAUGUGGCCGAUAAAAAUCAGAAGAAGCCGAUAGGCGGAGUGGCAGUGCUACCAGCUGGAGGAUUAUUUGGCAGAAAAGACAAGAAGGAGAAGGAUAAAGAAAAUCGUGAUACGAAUGGUCCAGAGCAAAAUGGCAUCGACGAUUCUCAGGCACAUUCAAUCGCUGAAGAAGACAAAUCACCAAAGAAAGAGAAGUCCAAGAGUCCUGCCUUCCUAUUUGGUUCUAAGCGAGACAGAUCCCCGAAAGACAAGAAAGAAAAGGAAAAAGUGGCCGCCAAAGAGUCAGGAAAAGGUGGUCCGCCGGUCGGUUCACCACAACUGCCAGGUUACACGCGCGAGUACGAUUACGAACCUACCGAAGAACAGGUUACGCCUAGAAGACAGCAAGGUUUCAGCUACGAGAACCAAGGGUCACCUUCUAGUCCUAAGAGCAGUCCCGACAACCAGCAGUCACCUUCUUCGAAACGAGCGACGGCUACCGCUUUCAACUACGCCCCUGGUGAUGUUGACAAACUGAAAAAACCGUUCAAAGAUCCGAAAGCUGACACCGCUGCGUUCCUGGCUGGUGAGCAGUACUUGCAUCAGGCACCGCCAGAAGCCACACAGCUGCCGGUGUCGGCCGCUAAAACGAAGAAGACUCGGCCCAUUACCUUGUUCGUCCUAACCGGUAGUAAGGAUCCUAAGACAGGUUAUAUCGAUCCAUGUACUGGUACGGCUGAUAAAUGCACCGGACAACAGAAUAUCGAAACUCGCCUUAUAGACUGCAAAUACGGUCUCAUAGAUCCGUCCAACGGAACAGUUAUCAUUACGGACCCUACCAACGGCCAAAAAGAAGUUGUACAGGGUUACAUUAAUCCUCAAACAAAGCAAAUUAUCAUAACAUCAGGAUCCGUAAUUGAUCCAAAGACCGGUAAGAAGAGCAACGUACUAGGUCAGAUUAUUACCAUUGCUGAGCAGCAACCAAAGUCUGACAGCAUGUUAGCGCUACCGCCGAAAAAACGCAUUAUCAAAAUCACAGUUACCACAGCGAAAAAGGAUCCUAAAUCAGGUAGAGUUGAAGCAGAAAAGGGUACCACCGAAACUUUGGAAGCUAUAAUGGAGCCUGCCAAAGGUCUUAUUGAAACAAAGUACGGUAUCAUUGACCUACAUCAUACCAAAUAUAUUAUCAAGGAUCCCAAGUCGGGCAAGUCGGAGGCUUAUCCAAUUGAAGUAGAUGAUAACCUCGGUCACAUAAUUGUUAAACAAGGUGUCAUUGAUCCAAAGACAAACAAAAUUGACAACAGCCUUGGCCAGUUAAUCAAAAUUUCGGAACAAGGCGAUUCUGUAGUACCAGUAACAGCAGUUACGGCGAAAAAAGAUCCGAAGACCGGUCAGCUGGAUCCCUCUCGAGCACACAAAGAAACUACUAAUGGCAAAAUUGACCCGAAGAAUGGUCUGAUAGUCACCAAAUAUGGAUCGAUUGAUGUCAAUAGAAAGACGAUCACAAACCGCGACCCCAAAACGGGAAAAAUCGACGAAUUCCCUAUCCAGUUUGACGCAAAUGAAAACGUAAUUGUACUGAAUGGUGCUAUUGAUCCCAGAACGGGUAGCCGAGCAGAUGAUCUGAGCCAAAUCCUUCAGAUAGACUCUGAAAUAGACCCUGACGUUUCCGUAUUUUCUACAUCUGGAAAGGUGGAUAAGAAGGGCUUUGAUCCCAAAACUGUUUCUCCGCCAGAAAAAUCUGCAGGAAUGUUCGAUCCUGAGACGAAUAAGGUCUAUACAAAAUAUGGCGUAUUGGAUCUUGUACACGAAACGCUCACGUUUAUAGAUCCAAAAUCAGGAAAAAUAGAAGCGAAACACGGAGUGCGAGACCCAAUUACUGGCGAAUUACUUUUCAAGGGCGUGGUUAAUCCAAAGACAGGUAAAGUUGACAAGGACUUUGGCAGAACAAUUAAAAUCGAUGUAGCUCAUCAGCAGGCUGAUCCAACCGCUAGAAGUGUGCCAACAAUAUCCAAAGAUAUCAAAAAGGUAGCUACAUCUGAAGGUCCUCUUAAAGCACCUACAGAAUCUUCGCCUGCCACUAAACUAGGCGAUAGAAACAAAGUAGUAAAACUACUGGUCAUUACAGCUAGACGUGAUCCCAAAACGAACAAUUUGGACAUUGAAAAUGGUCAUGUAGAUCAAUCGGCGGGUAUAUUGCAUCCAACGGGAGAGAUUGACUCAAAAUAUGGGUUCAUUAAUACCAAAAAAGCUACGGUGACCAUUACUGACCCAGCUACAGGAAAACAAGAGACAGUGCAAGGACAACUCGAUCCCUCUACUGGCCAAAUACAGAUCCUUACCGGUCCAAUAAUUGAUCCAAGAACAGGCAAAAAAGACCCUAAAAUGGGACAGGUUAUCACUAUAUCCACAUACGAUCCUACGAAAGAUACCGUACCUGUCAAAAAUCUUCUACCUUCACAUCCAAUUCCCAAAAAGCGGGUUGUUAAGAUAUUGGUGAUUACAAGCAAGAAAGAUCCCACCACGGGAAGGAUAGAUACGGAAAAAGGCACCGUAGAAAAACUAACAGCAAUCGUGGAUCCUGUGAGCGGUAUCAUAGAAUCUAAGUAUGGAAAAAUCGACCCUCAAAACAAAAAAGUCAUCACGAAAGAUAGAAGUGGUAAAACUAACGUUACACCAAUCAAACUGGAUGAAAGCACUGGCCAAAUAUACAUCAACGAUAAUGUAGUUGACGUAAAGACAGGUAAAGUCGACCCUAAUCUGUCUCAAGUGAUAAACAUUGUUGACCCGCAACACCCCGCUGUUAUCGUAACUACAAUUACCACAACUAAACAUCCUGAAAGUGGUGCUAUUGAUAUGGCUAAUGGUAGACAGGAAACAACCAAUGGUAAAAUUAUACCCGAAACUGGCGAAAUUGUCACUAAAAUCGGUACUAUACAUCUCAAAUUCAUGAGGAUAACUACAAGAGACCCUAAAACUGGUCAGUUGCAUGAGAGGUCGAUUCAAAUCGAUAAAGACGAUAACAUUAUUAUUCCUUCAGGAGUAGUUGAUCCUAAAACGGGCAAGGUCGAUCCUAACAUGGUACAAGUUGUACAAGUUGGAUCAGAAGUUGAUCCUGAAAUUCAGAUUAGAACUUUUGUAGGCAAAGUGGAUAACAAACGUAACACUAUAGAUUCUAAGAAUGCCUCACCAGAUACUACUCCAGGCUUGUACGAUCCAGAUAGAAAUAAGAUAUAUACCAAAUACGGUCAUUUAGAUCCUGUUACUGAAACACUGGCAGUAUUCGAUCCCAAGUCAGGCAAACCUGAUGUCAGACAAGGUUAUAUUGAACCAAACACUGGAGAGCUGAUAUUUAAGGGAGGCUUCAUUAAUCCUAAAACAGGAAAAGUUGACAGAGACCUCGGCAGAGCUGUCUCGGUGCACAUUACCGAACCUAUAAUUGAUCCUGUCGCAUCACAACAACCUUGCGAAAGAGAACUACAGAAGACGGCUCAAAUAGUGACUCCAGAAAAGCCCAAACAACAAGUUUCUCCUGCCAAGGCAGUAUCGCCUGUUGAACCUACCACUCCUGUCAAAGAAAUUAUCACGGGUGUUCUUCAUCCCAUCGCCAAACACAGGAUUGUCAAAAUUAUGGUAAUCACAGGAAAGAAAAACAAAACAACCGGUGCUAUAGAUGUAGAAAAUGGUCAAAUUGAACAUUUAACAGGAAUCGUGGAUCCAAAACAUGGUCUUAUUGAAACCAAAUACGGUCAGCUCGACCCUGUGACUGGAACGUUGUUAACCAAAGACACUAGCACCGGCAAAACCGAACUUGUUCAAGGCAAAGUUGAUGGAACUACUGGCCAGAUCAUUGUCAAUGGUGGCCCGGUAAUUGAUCCGAAAACUGGAAAGAUGGAUUCUAGUCUGGGACAAGUGUUUUCAGUAGUUGGCUUGAAACAAGUUCAGGACCCCUCCGCUGCGCCUAUACCCAAGAAACGAAUUAUAAAGAUUACUGUAAUAACUACAAAAAUUGACCCGAAAACUGGUAAAAUGGAAGUCGAGAAAGGUCAGGUAGAACAAUCCACUGCUUUGCUAAAUCCAGAGACAGGUUUGAUCGAAUCCAAGUACGGUCUCAUUGAUCCAAAGAGCGGCAAGGUUAUCAUAAAUGACCCGAAAUCUGGAAAGGUGGAUGCGAAAUCCGCACAAGUCAAUGAAGCAAAUGGACAAAUUCUACUGACGGGAGCAAUAGAUCCAAAAACAGGAAAAACUGAAAGCUCUCUUGGCCAGAUUAUAAGUAUAGCCGGUCAGAUUGACCCUAUCAUCGAAAUAACUACUAUAACGGCUAAGAAAGACCCCAAAACUGGCAGUGUAGACCUGAAUAAUGGCCAGAUGGAACAUUCAAAGGCGAAGAAGGUAUCUGCUACGGGAGUUGUUGAAACUAAAUAUGGCAUCAUCAACAUCAAAAAGAUGUUACUGAUCACGAAAGAUCCCAAGACUGGUGAAACGGAAAGCAGACCUAUACAGCUAGACGCAGAAGGCAAUAUACUGGUAACAACAGGUGUUAAGGAUCCUAAGACAGACACUGUGAAUCCAAAUCUCUGCCAAGUGAUCAAACUUGGUGUCGAGGUUGAACCAGAAGUACAAAUAGUAACGUUCACAGGCAAAUUAGAUGCGAAGAAGAAUAUAAUCGAUACGAAGCAUAUUGUACCCGAAGUUUCAAACGGUCUAUACAAUCCAUCUACUCAUAAAAUAGACACUAAACACGGCCAAAUUGACCCGAUUAAAGGUACGUUAACGUAUAUUGAUCCUAAAUCGGGUAGAAUAGAAAUUAAACAGGGAACCGUCGAUCCGUCUACAGGGCAGAUUAUGUUCAAGGAAGUUACGUAAAUCCCAAAACUGGUAAGCCUGACCCACAUUUUGCUAGGAUGGUAGCUAUAUUGAUCUCCAAUCCUGAGAUCAAUGAAAAAGGCGAAGUGGUACCUAGAGACGCGAAGAGUAUUAAGGUGGAUCCUAAAACGAAUCAAGUAUGGGCUUUUGAUCACCAUGAUCCGAUCUCUAAAGAAGAUGUGUACUCUACCGGUUUUGCAGAUCCUGUCACAGGAUACGUCGUCACCGUAUAUGGUAGAGUUGAUCCCAAAACAGGUGCAAUUUCUAAGAUCAGUAAAGUGGAUCCCAGUAGCACCAAAGUCGUACCCGAAACUCAGCAGAUAUUUACGAAGACAUCACAAACAGAUGAGUCAGGUGCUCCAGUUUACUGUGCUUCUGAAAUUGAUACCAAAACUGGCCAGAUUUACACAAAAUAUGGAAAGAUCGAUCCCAAAACAGGAAAGCUCGUUAUAAUUAAAGUGUAUCUAAUCACCCAGAACGAUCCUACAGGUACAGUAAAGGAAAUAGAUCCCAAAGACUGUCAGUUCGAUGAGAAAACAGGCAGAAUCAUCAAUGUUACCACGCACACCGUUUACAUUUACAGUAUGGUAGAUCCAAAAACAGGCAAAAUAGUCCAAGUGGAUCCUAACGAUCCUGUGGUAAAGAGCGCAAAUACUAAAGUAACCCAAGUGUUGACUCUCUCCGGUGAAAUAGAUCCUGAGACAGGCAAGAUCCACACAGAAUGGGGUCAUAUCGACCCACAGACCGGAGAUAUCGAUCCCAAGACCGCUAGAACAGAUCCUGUUACCGGCAAACUUAUCCUCAACUAUGCCCAAAUCGAUGCCAGUCACUUUACGGAUCUCAAAGAUACGAAGGUCAAAGUGAAAACGUACACCAAGGGUGAGAAGGACUCUGGAGAAUCUAGUGAUGAUGACCUCAACGAGUACGCCAGUGAGAAUCUCGGCGAUAUGGCAAACCUGAAUAUAUCCAAGGGCAAGAAGGUGACCACAAGCACACCAGUAAUCGUAAAGACAACCACCAAGCAGAUUGUGACGAAGGAUAAAGACGGGUUGACUCAGAACAUCGAAGAGAGGGUUGAAGACGGUAGGACUGGAGAGGUGAAAGUAUCUACACAGAUUAAUAAGGCCGACGCCCCUAAAGAUUCUCCAUUUGUAACCGCGCGAGCCGUCACCACUCGUACGGCGAUGACGCAUGAGGAUCUGGAAACUAACGCAAAGACGCAACAACUGGAAGAGAAGACGGUCGCGCGUUCGACCACGAAGAGCGCCACCAGGCAAGAACAACGAACCGUCACGCAGGAAGUCAAGACUACUAGCACUGUGGUUAGCGGAGAUCAGGCAGACGGAAAUGAGUGACAUGGUUUCGUCAUGUACAGGUCAUAUAAGAUCCAAAAAACAUAUCUCAUAUUCGAAAUUUUUUUGCGAUACAAUACUUCCUCGCCAGUGGGCCUGCUGGGCAGACGAGACAGCCUUAGUUCGACUAGCUCAGGUGAUUCAGGCACCCCCAUCGAUCCUCCUGACGAUCCGAAUCAUCCAUACUACAAUAGCCCCAUUUACAAGGAUGACAUACCAGGAGAGGGUAUUGUACAGACCGAAUCCGUGAUAUACCGCGGAGAUCCCACAGUCGUUCACUCUACCACAAAUGUUCCAGUGGUAGCUACUGAAUCCAGAAAAGUCAACCUCACCUCCGAUGAUGGAUCUUACAGUGCUACCGGCGAGAUAGUGAGCUCGCAGACCAUCAGUUCCAAAACUAGAACUGUUGAAACAAUCACGUACAAAACUGAAAGGGAUGGGGUGGUUGAAACAAGAGUAGAACAGAAAAUUACCAUCCAAUCAGAUGGUGACCCGAUUGACCAUGACAGAGCUUUAGCUGAAGCCAUUCAAGAAGCUACUGCUAUGAAUCCAGAUAUGACUGUGGAGAAGAUCGAAAUUCAGCAACAAACUUCUCAGCCUCAAUAAUAAAUAGACAAUGGAAUAUAUUCAGCAAGAAAUGUGAGGCAGCUUUGCUUGACGUUGGUAUUAUCUACAAUUUUUCGAAUUCAAGCUUCAUGAGAAUAUGUAUUUAUUUUUGUUUUUUUUUAUAUUCCAAAUUAUACACAAUGCUUCAAAGCGCUGCUAUUAAUUUUUUGUAUAUAAUUUAUCAUCACUUGCGUAUAUAUAUUGUAUGUUUGGUAAAUGGUCGCAUUUUUUUUAAUAUAUGUUUAUUUGUUUUUGUGUAUGACACAAAUUCACUUUUAAGAAUGCUAAUAUGUUAUAUAUUGUAAGUGUGUAGAUAUAAGAAUUUUUGUGACCAAUCCAGAAAGGAAACAAAACGCAUCAUAAGGUGCUGUAAAGUUACGAAUCUCAACUAGAAAAAAUCAGAUGUGUUCAGAGAGAAAUAUAGAUUUAACACAUUCCAGAUAUGUUAUUUUCUGUGAAUUAUACAUUUCAAGUUGCUUCAGCGAAAUAAGAUACUUCUUAAAAAAAUAUUGUCCUUUGCAGCAUUUGCCCUUCCCUUCCUAACGGAGUACAUAUAAUCAUGCGGUAGUGACAUUCUACAGUCUAGGACUUAUCUUGAAAAAUCAUCGUAAUGAGUGAAUUAACGUAAAUCAGCCUAGCAGUGCAGCGCUUUUAUGCUGAAUAGCAGGGCUGUAUUCGUAAAUUGGUGCAAAUUGUACUUUGUACUACUCUGUAACAAUUUUAGCAAUCGUAAUUGUUUGACGUACCUGUUACAUGCAUUCGGGAAUCGUAAUCCUUCUGGAACGUCAAAAGUGUGCUUUUCUUCCUGAGCUCAAAACCUGCUGUCACUUGUAAUUCUCAUGGUUCGUUGUUUGUUUAUUUUAUUUGGCUAUCAAAUACUGUUCAAAAUUGUCAGAAUAUAUAUCUUUCAUGAUAAAUGCGACCUCGUAUCGUUAGGGUCUCUUAUAAUAACUACAAUGGUCGCAGAGAACGUGGUUAAAAAUUAAUCGGCUGUCAUCAAGUGUCAUUACAUGUCUCUGUAAUAAUUUAGACGUUCUAAAACAAAAGUUUCACAAUAUUUCAGAGUAAAAUGUCAUCUGUCAAUCUAGAUUCCAUUACUGUGUACGGUAUUGCAUUGCCAAGUGAUUUACAAACGCACGCCACUAGAUGUAGAAUAACUUUGACAGUUCGCAGCACGUGAUCAACAUACGAUCCAAGUGAAAACUGACAAAACUAUCCCGAAGUUACUGCUAUUCAGCCUAAAAGCGCUGGUCCGCUUCAAGGUAGACGAACGCACUCAAUGUAAAGGCGUCUACUCGGUGGAAGUAGUUUUCUGCUCAUCGGCAACGACAUCUAACAUACUGGAAACCUCGGAAACAGGUUAAAAGUGCUUAUUGCACAUCACAGGUUGUUUCCAUAGUUGCUUUGGCAAAUGACCGGCACUGAUUGCCGGUGAGCAGAAACCCACUUCCAGUGUGUCGGCCUAAUAGCACAAUUUCAACGUAUGCCGUGUAAUGUGAUUAUAAACUACACUAAUAAUGCUAGCUGUGAAUAUUAGGCAAAGGGAGUAAAAUAUCUUACGGCAUUUGAAUUGGAUAAACGAGUAACAAAAGCAGCCUGAACUACCGAACAAAAAUAUACUAUUGGAACUGGCUUCUCGUACAGUUACAUACAUCCAAAAUGACUUCAUUUUACUGUGCAUUAUUCUGAAAAUCAGUGUUCUCAACUACAUCUUUUUUGUGCAUUUUUAGUCGUUUAUCCCACUCAUGUAUGAUACAUUUUUUAUGACAAUAAGUGCUGCUUAUUUAGAUGAGUAAUUAAUUCAUACUUGUUUGAAAACAGAAAAUUAAAAUAUAACCUAUAUGCUCUGUUAUAUCUAAAAAUCUAUUUAUAUGUAGAAUUAUUCGAGGCAAUAUGACAUAUAUAAUAUUGAGCUUAACAAUGUUACAAAAUUAUAAGGCUUAGAAUGGUCCUUUCUGCGAGACUUCUAAAAGCACUCUGACUGAUUUAAAUUAUGAUUUUGUGAAUUUCCCAUGACAUGAAAGUAGAGUCUGUAGUUUUAUGUAUGUGUUUGUCUUUUGGUAUACUUCCAUUCAACCGGAAAGUCACGAAAUGUUCAGCCUUGCAUUUUUCUAAACCGUUUUAGUGGUAGCUUCUGUACUAAUAAUGCAAUAGUUUUAGUUUUUAUAUACUGUUUAUGUACUACUCAGAUUUAUGGUAUUUCAAAAACUGACGUAACUUCAUAUUUUUUUCAUUUCAAAUAUUGAUAGAAUAUGGAUUUUAUGUUAGUUUAGCUAUAAUUUUUAUGCAAUGUAAUAGUUGUUUAUACAUAUUU